CCAUACAGUCGUAGAAGCGCCAAACACGGCGUUGUUUCGAAGUUUUUUUUUUGUAUUAGUUUCCUUUCUUAAAUUGUUGAUAUUUGUGUUCGAAUUGUGUGCGAAGAUGUGUGAUGUCCGAAAUCUAAUUGACUUGUCCGAAUGGGAUGAGCCCACCAAGGAGCCGUUGCACGAAGAGCCGGAGGACUCUGUGGUGGCCACGAACUUUGAGGUGCCCUACGAUCCCUUCGAUCUGAUGGAGAAGGAAGCUUGCAUCAAGGGCAUGACCUUGACGUCGCAGAUCAAGGAAAAGGUGUCCAGUGCCGAACGACAGUAUCCGGAUCUUGAGAGCGAGAGUCCUCCGGUUUGCAUGCAGACGGAUGCAGCGACUGCGUCCGGACCCGGAUCAGGAGAAACAACUCAAAAGCGGCGCUCGAACAGCUCGUUCCAGAAGCAGCUCCUUAAACUUAAUGCCUCACGAUCCGUGGUGAACACACCAACCCAUAGUCGAUCCAAAACAGAGUUUGAGAGAACAAUUCUGAACGAAAACCUGCAGAUGCUGGCGGCAGAGUCGCCAUUGAAGCUUAUCGAGGACGACGACGUCCUGUCGAACAGUAUCAACUUCGAGGAAGACCUAAAAAUGCUACGCAUUCCGAUCCUAGACGCGCUUAACAAUGCAGAACCCAAUGCAAAAGCCGAAGAAAAUCAGGGAAACGUAAACAGAAUGGUUGACGUGCGGCAAGAAAGUCAGGAAAGUCCACAUACCCCAAUCGAAGACCGAUCAAAUGGCAAGAGUUUGAGCCAACUCCUGGAGCAGCUGAAGAUCUUGGCACACGAACACGUCGAGAGGUCCAAGUGGCAUCUGUUUGACACGGCAAUUGAAUCCAUUGCAGCGGUCAUCUUUGGACCCGGUGGCUCUUGUCCGGAAGGUAAAAAGGGCGAAGCAGCUAUAUCAUCGCCGUACUCAUACACCCGCCAAGGAACAUUUGAUCUCGAACUUCAAGGCAAGAAGACAAAACGUUCCUUGGAUGCUAACCACAUAGAGGAGGAGGAGAUCGAUCCACCAGGAAGUGACGUUCAAAACUUUCCCGAUGCCAUGGUCUGCUCAACAGCCACAUUUGAUGGCGAAUCUCGUCUAAAUCCAUUUGAUAGGGACUCGCUUCCAUCCCUACCAUCGAUAACUUCGAUACCGUCCGUGUCAGAAGCCAGAAAGGAGCCGUUUAUGACGGAGUUGGUUGACGAAACACUCGCCCAGCAGAUCAACCAGCUGCUGGAGCGGCACAAACUCGCAAACACUGGCAUCAGCGAUCACGAACAACAACACGGAGUUGAUCCCAGGACAGUCAUACUGUUGGUGAACCCCAGCAACUACAGCAGCACUCAGGUAGCAUGCAACGUUUCUACCAACAACGUUGCCAAGACCAAACCAAUGCCUCUAAGUGAGUCCAACGCGGCGGUCUCCAUGCGCCGUCGAUCAUCGUCACUUUCCAUUCAGGACAAGUGCAAGUUGCCCAGGGAAGUCCUGAAGUCCGAUCGCCAGGUGGAAAAUCUGCCGCCGCCCAGGGAGGUCAAGAACACAGCCACUGUUGGGCCAAUGGCUGCAGCAGCUGCCUUCCGCCAGCGGAGCAACUCCUUCUCCACGCCCAGUAAUCCGUCCACAAAAGCCUACGAAAGCAGGCGCACACUAAUGAGCAGUCGCUUGAGGAAUCCAUCCAUUAACGAAUCGAUGGGCAAACCUAAUGGAAUGCUUAAAGUGACGAAGCCCAUCAAGCCGGUGGUUCCAAUUAUGAAAGUGACUGCAAGCAACGAGUCCACCUACCUGAAUCCGGUCCAUCCACGUAUACCUGAGACGCCCAUAUCAACUAGGACCAAGCCUAUCCAAAAGAUAUCCUGCACGAGCACACCACUGCCACAAAUGCGCAUCCAGCAGCGCAGAUCCCUGAAGCCAAUGGCCAUGACCGCAGGAUCGGGAUCCAUGUCAAAUACCUCCUAUUCAACGCCCAGCAUUAGGGGGCCUAGUUUCUGCAAGAAAACCGGCUCCGGAUAGACAAUGCAUUGCGUAGACAUGGGGAGCACUUUCUUGGCCCGUGGGCGGUGGCGCAAUGUCGCCUGAAAGUGAAUUAAAAUGUGAUGUCUGAGGUCAAGUUGGUAACCUUGAAGAUAAACCGACAGUGUGAAAACGGCUUGGCUAUCUCCCCCCAUAUUUUUGUUUCUUCCAUUUAUUUUUUGCCCGACGUCACAAGAUAAAGCGAACUGAUAUGCAGUCUGCACUCAAUACUAGA